AGACCAGUAGGUGGCAGUAAUGCACAUUUUCGCUGGUUUGCCAAAACGCUAGAAGAAGAAGAAAAAGAAGACUUUUAUUUUGGUUUGACGCCGUGACGUCAUAAGUCUGCUCCCCGCGUCUGUGAUUCGGCUGAGGAGAGACUGUCCAAACACACAGAACCAUGGCGUUUAUUAAAGAGGAGACUGUAGACAUAAGGAUUGAAGAAGUCUUCUGUCUCAAACAAGAGGAUUUCGAGGAACUAACAGACCUGACAGCAAUUAAAAAGGAGAAGGAAGUGCUGAAUAAAAUGAAAGAGAAAGAUCAGCAUGAAAAUCUUCAUGAAUUCAUAACUGAAGAAAAAUCCUUCAAUUGCUCACAGACUAAAAAGACUUCCUCACGAAAAAGAGUUAAAAAAGCGAUAGGAGCUAGAAGUUGUUUAACCUGCUUUCAGUGUGGAAAGCUUUUCACUAAAAAAGGAAGCCUUAACAGGCACAUGAGAAUUCACAGUGGAGAGAAACCUUACUCAUGCCCUCAGUGUGGAAAGUGUUUCGAUCAGCCUGGAGAUCUUAAAAUCCACAUGAGAAUUCACACUGGAGAAAACCCUUCCACCAGCCAACAGUGUGGAGUAAAUUUCACUCAAAAAGGGAUUCUCAAUAGGGACAUGAAAGUUCACACUGGGGAGAAACCUUACACAUGCCCUCAGUGUGGAAAGGGUUUUCAUCAACAUGGAAACUUUAAAAUCCACAUGAAAAUUCAUUCAGGAGAAAGGCCUUUUACCUGCCAACAGUGUGGAAAACAAUUCAACCGAAAAGUAAACCUUGAAGUACACAUGAAAAUUCACACUGGAGAAAGACCUUUCACCUGCCUUCAGUGUGGAAAACACUUCAAUCAAAAAACAAACCUUAACAGGCACAUGCGAAUACACACCGGAGAAAAGCCUUACUCAUGCCCUCAGUGUGGAGUAAGUUUCACACAAAAAGCGGUUCUCAAUAGGCACAUAAGAAAUCAUACUAGGGAAAAGCCUUACACAUGCCUUCAGUGCGGAAAGUGUUUUGAUCAAAAUGAAAAGCUUGAAGCACACAUGAGAAUUCACACUGGAGAAAGACCUUUCACCUGCCAACAGUGUGGAAAACACUUCAAUCAAAAAACAAACCUUACCAGGCAUAUGAGAAUUCACACUGGAGAGAAGCCUUACACAUGCCUUCAGUGUGGAAGGAGCUUUCAUCAACAUGUAAAUCUUAAAGUACACAUGAGAAUUCACAAACGUGAAAAACUUUAUUCAUGCCUGCAGUGCGGAAACAGUUUUGCUCAAGAGGGAAACCUUAACGUCCACAUGAAAAUUCAUACAGAAGAAAACCCUUCCACCAGCCAACAGUGUGGAGUAAAUUUCACUCAAAAAGGGAUUCUCAAUAGGGACAUGGAAGUUCACACUGGGGAGAAACCUUACACAUGCCCUCAGUGUGGAAAGGGUUUUCAUCAACAUAGAAACCUUGAAGUCCACAUGAAAAUUCAUUCAGGAGAAAGACCUUUCACCUGCCAACAGUGUGGAAAACACUUCAUUCAAAAAACAAACCUUAACAGGCAUAUGAGAAUUCACACUGGAGAGAAGUCUUACACAUGCCUUCAGUGUGGAAAGAGCUUUUAUCAACAUGUAAACCUUAAAGUACACAUGAGAAUUCAUUCAGGAGAAAGGCCUUUUACCUGCCAACAGUGUGGAAAACACUUCAACCAAAAAGUAAACCUUAAAUAUCACAUGAUAGUGCACACUGGAGAAAACCCUUUCACUUGCCAUCAGUGUGGAAAACGUUUCACUCAAAAAGGAAGCCUUAACAGGCACAUGAGAAUACACACCGGAGAGAAACCUUACUCGUGCCAUCAGUGUGGAGUAAGUUUCACACAAAAAGCGGUUCUCAAUAGGCACAUAAGAAAUCAUACUAGGGAAAAGCCUUACACAUGCCUUCAGUGUGGAAAGAGUUUUGAUCAAAGUGAAAAGCUUGAAGUACACAUGAGAAUUCACACUGGAGAAAGCCCUUUCACCUGCCAACAGUGUGGAAAACACUUCAAUCAAAAAACAAACCUUACCAGGCAUAUGAGAAUUCACACUGGAGAGAAGCCUUACACAUGCCUUCAGUGUGGAAGGAGCUUUCAUCAACAUGUAAACCUUAAAGUACACAUGAGAAUUCACAAUCGUGAAAAACUUUAUUCAUGCCUGCAGUGCGGAAACAGUUUUGCUCAAGAGGGAAACCUUAAUGUGCACAUGAAGAUUCAUACAGAAGAAAACCCUUUUACCUGUCAACAGUUCACAAAACUGGAAAGAGGUGGAAAGAGUUUUGAUCAAAAUGAAAAGCUUGAAGAACAUAUGAGAAUUCACACUGGAGAAAACCCUUUCACCAGCCAACAGUGUGGAGUAAGUUUCACUCAAAAAGGGAUUCUCAACGGGGACAUGAAAAUUCAGACUGUGGAGAAGCCUUACACAUGCCCUCAGUGUGGAAAGGGUUUUCAUCAACAUAGAAACCUUAAAGUCCAUGUGAAAAUACAUACAGGUGAAAGGCCUUUUACCAGACAACAGUGUGGAAAAAGUUUUAACCGAAAAGGAAACCUUAAUGACCACAUGAGAGUACACACAGGAGAAAGUCCAUUCACUUGCCAGCAGUGUGGAAUGAGUUUCACUCAAAAAGGAAGCCUUAACAGGCACAUGAGAAUACACACCAGAGAGAAGUCUUACUCAUGCCCUCAGUGUGGAAAGAGUUUCACUCAAAGAGGAAGCCUUAACAGGCACAUGAGAGCUCACACUGGAGAGAAGCCAUACACAUGCCCUAAGUGUGGAAAGUGUUUCAUUCAGCAUGGAAACCUUAAAGUCCAUAUGAGAAUUCACACUGGAGAAAAGCUGUAAUUAAUCCCCUCAGUGGGAAAGAGUUUUGAUCAACAUGGAAACCCUAAAGUCCAUAUGAAAGUUCACACUGGAAAGAGCCCUUUCAACUGUCAACAGUGUGGAAAAUGUUUUAACCGAAAAGGAAAUCUUAAUCUUAAUCUUAAGAGAAGCCUUUUACCUUUUACCUUUUUACCUGCUAACAGUGUGGAAUUUCACUCAAAAUGAGAUGCUUAACAGGCACAUGAAAUUUACACCAGAGAGAAAAGGUUUUAAUCAGCAUAGUAACCGUACAGGGUUAGUUCACCCAAAAAUUAAAAUUUUACUCACCCUUGAGGCAUCCUAGGUGUAUAUGACUUUCUUCUUCCAGACAAAUCCAGUCAGAGUUAUAUUAAAAAUUGUCCUGGCUAUUCCAAUCUCUGUCAUUGCAGUCAGCAGAUGUUGCAGUUGCACAGUCCACAAGUCGUCAAAUAAAGCAUGCGCAUUCAUAAUAAAACGUGCCUCACACGACUCCGGGGGGUGAAUAGAGGCCUCUCGUAGUGAAUUGCGCACGCACUGUGCAUACGUACUACGUCAUCCGCCAGAACAGCUUCCGCGUACGACAGAUACCCGAAGUGAGAGAAAAGUGUUUAUUAUGUUUAAAAUAUGGAUAUUUUUCUUACAAAAACGCUUGCAGGAGGGCCUUUAAUCACCCCACGGAGCCGUGUGAGGCACGUUUUAUUACAAAUGUGCACGCUUUAUUUUAUUUAUCUUAUUUUUGUAAGAAAAAUAUCGAUAUUCUUAACUUAACUUAAUAAACCUUAAUCUCUAACUUCCGCUAACUGUCAUAUGCACUUUCACAAGAGAGUGGUGUCCACCAGAUGAUGUAGGACAUAGGCAAACGCUUUGACGAACACGGAAGUGACGAAUGUGGAAGCGCAGAGAAGAGAGCAAAACAAAACACCAGUCAUGAAUUAAUAGUACAAAACGAGGAUUUGUAAAGGAAAAAUGUCGGAGGAUUUCAAUAUAAGCCAAGAGUACACUGGUUUUUCUUUGCUGUAAACAAAACUUGUUUCUCGCAAGACUAGCAUAUUCUCAACGGAGCUUACGCUACACCUACAUCAUACAUCAUCCGCUGGACACCACUCUCUCGGGAAUGUGCAUACGACAGUUAGCCGAAGUUAGAGAUAAAUCAUAGGGUAUUUUUUUAUUUUUGGGUGAACUAUCCCUUUAAAGGAAACGUGAUCAUUUACAUGAGACUUCACAAUGCAAAAAGGUAUUACACAGGCCUUCCAGAGUGAUUAGUUUCAUAUAUCAAAGAGACCUGAAAAUAUGGAGUGUUGCAGAAUGUUUACAAAAAAAAAAAUCAGUUAUCAGUUAUACAUUCAUUCUGGAGGCUAUUUGUGUAAAUGUUCUUUGUGUGACGUCAUUACUCAAAUAAAUACACACUGUAAUUUUUUCUUAUAAAAAAAAAAAAAAGAACUGCCCAGGGAAAAAAAGAUCAACAAGAAAGAAUAUAAAAGUAUUUUUACAUCCCAGGACAUAGUAUUACUAUUUGUUGUUGUUGUUUUGUAUUUUAUCGCCAUACUGUGUACAUACUGUGUGUAAGUAGGUCUCUCUCUUUUUUCUUCCAUGCUGUUAUGUUGAGAAUUGUAAAUACAUACCACACUUUUCCUUGGAAAUUUUGAGAAAUCUUGUCCUCUUUCCUUUUUUCUUUUUCUUUUAGUUAUUCCUCUCUAACCCUGCACUGAGGAUAGGACAUGAUAAUUGGGGGCUUGUCUCUUUACAACAACUGGAAACGUUAAUUUAAACGUAAAUUAUUUUUUUCCCCCUCUCUAGGCUUGUGUUUAUGGGGUGCAGUCUAACAUGUGUUAAUGCUUAGUUUUUAAAUAAACAAAUUUUUCAACAUAAUUUACCUUAAUUCUACAUCGCUCUGUUUCUUCUCUUAUGAACACUCUGAUGAUUUUCUGGUUUUAUGAAGCCCCUCCCACAGAAUUACACAAUGGGAUUGGUAUGUUGUGAUUUGCUAAACUGCGUUUAAACUGCACAUUCAGAAACGUCACGCCCCUUACCUCAGAAUGUAGAUCUACAGAGAAUGGUCAAAGCGAUGGAGAUACUCAUAUAAGGUGUGCACGACUUGAAGCCGCGCUGACUGAUCAGUGUAUGACAUCAAUGUACCACAAGAGUGAGUCAAAAGCAUAAGGAGCCGCCUGCUCUCUAAAGCUCACAGAACUUUGAUUUCAUUCGAUCGGUCUGAGCAGUGCAAACCGAGCCAAAACAAUGGAUAUUUUAGGCAAUAUAGAAAUCCUGGCCAGGACGUGUCUGGGAAAAAUGGCACAUGUGAUCACUAGGGAUGCAUCGAUCCGAUACUCUGGAUGGGUAUCGACGCCGAUCCAAGCUUUUUGAAGGGAUUGGAUAUCGGCGAUGUAUGACCGAUUCAAAUUCAAUACUGUUACCAGUGGUUGAUGAAUGAAAAGCAAAAAAACAAUGGCCUACUUUAAAACUAUAAUAAUUAUUAUAAGAAUACAAUUACUUAUUUUAAAACAUUGCCUUAAAAAAUUAAAUACAUUUAAAAUAUGUUGCGCUGCUUGCGCAACCACAUGUGAGUGUGACAGGCAAGUUGAGUCGGAACCUAAAUAUUUUAACCUUGAAACAUCAGCGAGUAGCACUGCAAAUUGUAAUAUUUGCGAAGCCAAAGUUUCAAGAGGUGGAAGUAGUGUUUCGACUUGCAGUACAACAAAUUUAAUCAAGCAUCACGCAAAAGAACACGACGAGUUCACGCAAAUCGAAUGGAAAAAGGAUGUCAAAGCAGCUGACCUUGACAGAUGUGUUUCACAGGCAAGAAAAACUUUCAAAGUAGAACCCUAAAGCUGUAAAAAUAACAGAAAAAGUACUUGAAUUCAUUGUUCUAGAUGAUCAGCCCCUCUCUGUUGUUGAAAACACUGGUUUUCCGUCGCCUCAUGGAACAUCUGGAGCUGCGAUAUACACUCACCUAAAGGAUUAUUAGGAACACCAUACUAAUACUGUGUUUGACCCCCUUUCGCCUUCAGAACUGCCUUAAUU